GUUUUAAUUAUCUAUGAUAGAUGUAGCACAUCACUACUUUUAAUGGCCGCCGCUUGUUUGGCGUUGUAGUUCGUAAUAAUAUUUUCACACAAUAGCGCUUAAACGAUACCAAUUCUAGCCAAAUUUCGCCAAAUAUACAAGAAAAGUUUUAUUUAAGUUGUGUUUUAUUGAAAUGGCAGCAGUGCAAGGUGCACCUGGUAACAAAAAUUGGCCUGCAAGACCCGGUAUGCAACAUCAGAAUAGUCAGGGCCCUGCCUCAAGUAUGACGCUUAACAGGACGAUUAAUUUGUAUCCACUAACUAACUACACAUUCGGGACCAAGGAGCCGCUGUUUGAGAAGGAUGCAUCAGUUCCCGCCAGGUUCCAGAGGAUGCGGGAAGAAUUCUCCAAAAUUGGCAUGAGGAGAUCAGUUGAAGGUGUACUUCUGGUACAUGAGCACGGUCUCCCACAUGUACUGCUGCUCCAGCUAGGUACAGCUUUCUUCAAGUUGCCCGGCGGAGAGCUCAACCCUGGAGAGGAUGAAAUCGAAGGUCUGAAGAGGUUAUUGACAGAGACUCUCGGCAGACAGGAUGGAGUCAAGCAGGAGUGGCUUAUUGAGGAUACCAUUGGCAACUGGUGGAGACCUAACUUCGAGCCGCCUCAAUAUCCAUACAUCCCGCCUCAUAUAACGAAACCGAAAGAGCAUAAGCGCCUAUUCCUAGUACAACUACAAGAUAGAGCUCUAUUCGCAGUGCCCAAGAAUUAUAAAUUGGUCGCUGCACCUUUAUUUGAACUGUAUGAUAAUGCCCAGGGCUAUGGACCAAUCAUUUCAUCGCUAUCCCAGAGUUUAUGUCGAUUUAAUUUUGUUUAUAUUGUAAAAUGGUUCGACCUCUGUCGUGGUCGUGAAGAGUCAAUAAGAAUGUAUGGAUACCCCCAUUCACAAGAUGUGAUAGCGUCAACUUUCGAGCAACUGGAACGGGAGAUUUGUGUCAAAUUUUUCAAUACGCCAUUAAACUAUAAUGCUACGGAUAAGGAAAAGAUUUUGUACAUUGCCAACCCUGAUAAGAGGAAGGAUUGUCCUCCAAAACAGUACAACUAUAAGAAAAAUAUCAUAGAUAUGACAAUUGGUUACAAAUGUUUAAACGAUCGCGACAUUACUCGCAUUGUGCUUGAUAUGUUGCGGGCGAGCAUCGUCAAAACAGUUCGCCUACCGGAGUUCGGCAUGUUGACAAACGCGAUGUCAAUAAUAGAGCGCUCCAGCUGUAUAAUAUUCCAGUCUAUCAGCGAGAAGGAGCCGCUGCAGCCUAAGCAUUUACUAUGGUUCGGGUUGCAAGGAGAGGAGACGCCAAACCUCGGGUUCACGCCAGGAAACGAGACCAUAUCACUGAUGCCCAUGAUACAUGGCACUCCGGGCCAUACAACGCACACUUUGAACGCGCUGAUGAGAGCCCUCGGCAUACCCAUGAUGUCCAACCGUUACGACAGAGAUUACUACGUUAGAAUCAAUUGGAAAAAAGUUGCCAUGAUGUCCGAACAUUAUUUGGAGCGGGAAUCGAAAGACGCGUGGCUCCAGAACUCUGAUGGAGAAGGUGUCCCCUACGAUUACGACAGCGUAACCCACGCUCCAGCCAAUUUCAUGUGUGCUGAUUGCUCUUUAGGAGAACAAACUGUUAUUCCAAUACAGUUCUCAUCCUACACCAUGCUCUACCUACCUACCCUAUCCUAUGUCCUUCUCCCAGUUCUUAGCUACCUUCCUACCAAAACUUCAGCCAAAUCGGUUCAGCCGUUCUUGAUAGCUAUAUAG